AUGUCGACAUCGUCAAAAACGGUAAAUUACUACACCAUUCUUGAACUGCCGCGAAACUGCACUCCCAAAGAGAUCAGUGCAUCCUACAGAAGGUUGGUUUUAUUGCACCACCCUGACAAGGCUGGCAAUGCUAAAGUCUCACUUGAUACCUUCUGCCAGAUCCAGGAAGCGAGAGAAGUUCUCUGUGAUCCCCUACGCCGCCGCCUAUAUGAUGAGAAGUUGAGUCUUUAUUCGAUCUCUGAUGACGACAGCAAAUUGAGGGAUAAGCCCUGCAAUUACUCCGAGCCAAAAUACGAGAACCCUUGGGUGAACUCCAAGCCUGCCCCGGGAGAUCAGAUUUCUCCAGAUAAGGAAGCUUGCUUGCCAGAAGGGGUAUCCGAAUGUGGAGACAACUUUUGGUAA